AAUCUUUUGACGCCAAUCUGUCGCUGCAAACGCAGCUGCUGCUUGGGCCGUGAACGAUGGGAAAUGUCAUCUAUCCGAUGUGGGCGGAAUGCCCUAUGCUCACUCGCAUGGUGAUUGUUGGUUAUCCCGCCAUGUCAAUGGUAUUCUUAAUGUUGGCAUCUGUCUCAGAUGAAACCGCUUGGUUUGUGGACAGCCUCUUCAACUGCAACUUGGAUAAUCUCAUGAGUGGGAAGACGGAGCCUGAGUUCUUUGAUCUCAGGCUUUGGACUCUCUUCUGGGGGCCUUUCUACAUGCCGAUCCAAAGCGGCAUGGCCUUUCUCAUGAUCCUCCUUGAGCUGUACAUGGCCAUGCGCUACUUCCCUUCCUACGAGAAGGAAUAUGGUUCGACGGGCUUUUUGUGUUGGACCUUUUUCGUGAACAUGCUGAAUAGUUUGGUGUUCUUAGCCUUCACGCUGUGCACAGUGCUGUACUACCACCAAAGUGGCAACGCCUUUGGGGAGUUUGUUGCCAAGAGAAGUGCGGUGCAUGGGUUGUGGCCCCUGGUCAUGGUUUGUCUAACCCUGACUGCCUUGAGCGAUCCCGAUGGCAGCACCAACUUCUGGGGGAUGGUGACGAUCCCGAACAGGUGGUAUCCCUUGGCCUUGACGGGAUUCUUCAUGCUGCUCAACGGCUUUAGGAUCAUGUGGAGCUUGAUCGCUGCGCUGGUGACGGGCUAUGCCUUCAGCCGAUUUCGUUUUGAACGCUUUUUGCCCUCGAAGCCUCGCUUAGAUCGCCUGGAACAACGCUGUUGUCGAGGCGGGCGCUGCAACCUCUUGGGAGCCUCAUGGGUACCAGCCAACUCAACCUCCUCCUUCGAUGUGGAUGUGCAAGUGGACCGCCGCUACCAAAAUUUCAGUGACUUUGGCAACGAGCGCACGAAUCAGACUGCUCCAAGUGGAGGUGGCCAGUUCGUAGCCUUCGGUGGAUCCGGCAACCGCUUGGGCGAAAGCACGGAGAUGGCGCAGGCCCCGAGUUCCGCCGCCGAGUCGAACGCCUGAGAGGUGGGCCACAUCCUACGCCGUGCUCGCCUCGUUUCACCGAGUCGAACGCGGCAGGAUCACCGGUGACCCGGACUUCGCCGUCCGGGGUGAAAAUCGUC